ACAUCUUCCCGGGCCUUGCUUGGGGCUGCAGCUGCAGAGCUGGGUCAGGCAGGGACGGGAGAGACGGAUCCAAGGGCCCUGAUCUCCCACCGCCCGGCUGGAGGGCACCAUGGACCGAGGCAACACGACUCUCCAGCCAACUGCUGGGGCAAAUUCCAGCCAGAUCCCAGCAUCUGUGAGCGCCUCUCACCUUGCCGCGGCCGUGUUGCUCUUCAUCACCUUCCUGGUGGGUGUGGUGGGGAACGGGCUGUACCUGUGGGUGCUGGGGCUGAAGAUGAGGAUGACAGUGACCACGCUCUUGUUCCUGCACCUGGUCUCCUGCUACCUUCUUUUCACCCUGCUGAUCCCCUUUUUUGCUGUCUAUGUCCUCCUGGAUUUCCACUGGGUAUUUGGCAUGGCCAUGUGCAAACUCCUGAAUGCCUGCAUCUCUCUGGGCAUGUUCACCUCUGUCUUCCUUCUGACCCUCAUCAGCCUGGACCGCUACAUCCUCACUCACCAUCCCAUCUGGUGCCGGCAUCACCGCACCGUGCCCCAGGUCAGGAAGCUGGUUGUGGGCGUGUGGCUGGUCUCCUUAGCUCUCAGUGCUCCCUACCUGGCUUUCCGGGAGACCCGCGUGUUGGACGGGGGCAAAAUCACCUGCACCAACAAUUACAACUUCUCCAGAGACGGGAAUGGAGUCGAGACGCAGGACCUGGGCAGACGGGUCCGCCUGGCCGUCUUCAUGGUCCGGUUCCUUCUGGGCUUCCUGCUGCCCUUCUGCACCAUCGCGGGAUGCUACGGCUGCGUGGGGCUGGAGAUGAAGGAGAAGGGGCUGGCGCGGAGCAGGAAGCCCUUCAAAGUCAUGGGGGCCGCGGUGGUUUCCUUCUUCCUCAGCUGGCUGCCCUACCAUCUCUAUCAUGGCUUGAAGUUCUUCAAAGACGGGUGGGAGCUGGACAGCAUCCUGGUCAUUUACACUCUCACCUCCUGCUUCAACGCCUGCUUCACCCCUGUCCUCUACCUCUUCGUGGGGCGGCGGUUCCAGCAGGUGCUCAAGACAUCCCUGUUUGCUCUGCUUCGGGAGACUUUUGCUGACGACCUCAGUGGCAACGGCGUUAUCUCCCAUGAGAGCUCUGGGGUGGCAGCUGGCAAAUGGGAGCUGCCUGACCAAGUUACGGGGCCUCUGGAUUUAGGGUCAGGGAGCUUAGAACCCAGGGUUCUAGAUUAAUUGAUGCAGAGGUUAAUGGCCUUGAGCUCUCCCAGCAUCAGAAAGUCUGGUGUGAUGCAGCAGGUUCUAGAAUAAUGGUAUGUUCUAAAACGUUACGGGUUCCAGAUUUCUUGAUGCUUUAACAAAAAUCCAAAUGGUUCUUGACUGAGUCAAGAACAUCAUGGGUUCUCGAUCAUCCCCCUUCAAGCCCCUGGUGUGAUUUCAUAUGUUGUAAAUUCUCAAUGUGUUCUAUAACAGAGAGGGUUCUAGAUAUCUCCCCCUUUAAACUCCUGAUAUAGCCCUGUAUGUUCUAGCUUCCUGUUUUGCCCUAUAGCUUCAUGAGUUCCUGACCUACUUUAGCUCAUCUAAAAACCACAGUUUCUCUGUAUGUUCUAGUUUUAUGAUUGGUCUAAUGGGUUCUAGGUCAAUCAUGCUUUAAAACCCAGAUGUUAUCUAAUUGGUUAUGGAUUCCUGACUGUUUCUUAGAAGUGUGCUGUGACGAAGUGGGACUGUUCUUAAUGUUUCCUCUGAAUAGUGUGGGGGUGCCUAAGUUUCCCCUAUGCAGUUCUUAAGUCUCUAGGGGGUGGGAUAAGGGUGUAUGAUCAUUGUAGAGCCCUAGAGGCAGGUGUGUACAGGGGUCUGGACACAGAGAAUGGCCGACACCCUGUUUCCUGGCAACUGAUGGCCUGGGCCCUUCCUCCCUGCGAGGUGAGAGCUAAAGGGUUGGAGAACAAAGGAAUCCGGUGACCUCCUGGCCCAGGAAAGGGGAAAGCCCAGAGGAGGAGGGACUGGAGGGAGUUUCAGUUUGGGGCUGGCUGGAGACAUGGAGUGAAGGGCAGACGGGGUUGUCUCGCUCACUGCCCCCUAAAAUGGACCCAGCUGAGGGGUCCUGUUCUCUGCACCUAAAAGCUCUGUUUUAGACCAUGUUCCUGUCAUCUAAUAAACCUCCGUUUUACUGGCUG